UUUUCACAUUUCGUUAAAACUUUAAGAAUGUGCAAACAUAUACUUAACGCCCAGGUCUCGAUUCGAGCCCCUUGCUGUAAGAGAUGGUUCGAUUGUGCCGAAUGUCACGCAGAAGUUGCCGAUCACCAGAUUCGCAAAACCAUAGAGAUGGUCUUCGCUUGCAAAAAGUGUAAGAAAGUCUUUCGCAAAGAUAUGGAGAACUUUGAUGAAACAGAUGAAUAUUGUCCAAAUUGCGAUAACCAUUAUGUCCUUGAUGCCAAAACUCCAAACUUUGGUAUUGGUGUAGAGGGAGAAGAUCCAAGAAAGGACAAUCGAAUGAUCAAAGACGAACGCACGAAAAUUGACGCAGAGAAAAGUAUUUUCAAUCAAGAUGCAUCCUAUCGACUGGGUUAG